AUGAAGAUCGUGUCCCGUGCUGCAUUCGUACGACUGGCAGAGCUGCGCAGCGAAGCAGGCGCGCGGCCGCCCAAGGUCAUCAAAGGCAUGAUCACCUGGAUGCAAAGUACGGAGUUGCACGAGCUGGCAGCCAGCAGCUGCCAACCUCCGAGAUCGCUCAAUGGAGGCCUCGUGCGAGCUUUCGUUCGCUACCACCACGUGCAGUCGCUGAUGAAACGGAGCUACAUGCGAAUGUGGGCUGAAGACUUGGGCGUCGCG